AAAUAAGGGAAAAUUAUCUCAUUUUAUAAUUUAGUUAAGUAAAUUAGAAAUAAUAAAAAAAAUAUCUUCGAAAAGUCAAAAUAUUUCAUUUAAGAAACAGAUAUGGGAAAUCAGCUAUUCAAGAAUUAUGACGUAGAAAAAGAACCUUAGUGUGUAGGUGGGUAAAAUGGAAUAUGGAAAAUUUAUAACGCUGUAAAAUAAGAUAGCACAAAAAGAAAGGUUAGUAUUUGGUCAUUUGACAAAAAGAAUAUAACAGAUAAAGCAGCCAAAGCUGCAAAAGAAGAAAUAGCUGCAUUUUUAAAGAAAGAAGCUACAUCUAUGAUGAAAAUUAGACACCCAAAUAUUGUUAAUCUUGUAGAGCCAGUGAUUGAAGAUAAAUAUUCUAUGGCUUUUGUUACAGAGAGAGUUGAUGAUAAUUUAUACAAUUUAAUGAAGAAAGGUGAUUAUAAAGCAAUUUGUUAAUCUGAACUAGAGUUAAAACUAUAAGUAGAAAAUAUUUUAAAAGUACUUCAGUUUUUACAUAAUGAUGUUAAGACUGCACAUUUAGGUAUAGCACCAGAAAACAUUUUCAUAGUGAAUGGAUAGUGGAAAAUAGCAGGUUUUACAUUCUCAACACCAAUUUAAAAUUAAACAUCUACAGAUGUUUAAAAUGCAGACUUCACAAAACGCCCUUUUGACCACUUUGCAUAAUUUUAUCCUAAUUUAUCAUUUAGUGCCCCUGAAGUUGCUGAAAUACCCCCUAAAUGCACUUUCGCAAGUGAUAUUUUUUCUUUAUCACUCCUGAUUUUACUUAUGUAUUAAAUUAAAUACAUGCAAACUACAAAUGUUACUCCUAUGCUCUCCUCUAAAACUGUUGGCGAAUACUCUUCUUAGCUUGGACAAAUUUAGAAUCAUUUUAAGAGUUAAAACUACAUUCAAAGAGAUAUGAACGAAGAUUUUAAAAAGCUUGUUUCUCGCAUGCUAGCAAAAAACCCUUCUACUAGACCAACAAUAGAAUAGAUUAAAGAAUCAAGUUGGAUGAAUGACCCAUUUGUAAAAGCAAUAUAUAUGUUAGAAAAUAUAGUUGAGUUAGAAUAAAAUAAGUAAAUUAGCUUCUUAGCUGGAAUGUCAAAUAUUUUGUUUAAAUAUGAAAAACCUGUCAUCAAAAGGAGGAUAGUUCCUCAACUUAUUGAUCUAGCUAAAUUUGAAUACUUAAUUCCUCCUAUUCUAAAUAUCGUAACUGACUGUGUAAAAUAGCCAGAUUUAUAUUCUGUCUCAGAGUUUUAAAGUGACUUACAGCCAUUCGUAGUUGGAUUAACUAAAAGAAAAAGUAUUCCCGGAAAGGCGCUUUAUGCUCUCGUAGUGAACUGUGAGCACUACUUUAAAGUAUUUGAUAAAACUGAAUUUUAAAAUGUAUAUCUUGUACCUGUAUUAAAGUGCUUCGAUAUUCCUUAGCUUCAAGGUUACGUACUUAACUAAUGCGACUUUUUGAUGAGUAAGCUAGAUUACCAAUUCACAAAAUCAAAAUUAUUACCUCGUAUUUUACUUUUAUGCACAUCAAAUGUUCCUAAAAUUAUGAAACAAUCAAUUUUCACUUUAAAAAAAAUAAUACCAAGCUUAGAUAAGCAUAUUUUAAAUGAUUAAGUUCUCACUACUUUAGAUAAACUGAGAAAAAUGACUAUCUCAGACAAGUCUAUUACAAUGCUUAUUUUAGAUAUUUAUAUCCAAAUUUCCAAAUCUCUUGAUAUUUUGGUUAUAGCUUAGAAGAUUCUACCAAGUUUGAUACCAUAUUUGAUUGAUUAGUCUUUAGGAAGAAAAGAAUUCGAUGCCUAUUUAAAUGCUGUAAAUGCUAUGAUUAAAUAGAUUGAAGCAGAAAGAAAAAAAUAAAUAAAGGAUAUUGAAGGUGGUGCUGAAGAAAGUGCACCAGCUCAAAAUGCUAAUAAUAAUAACAACAAUAAUGAUGAUGAUUUAUUUUAAUUUGAACAAAAACCAAAUCAAGAUUAGAAAAACACAUAGGGUAAAGAUUUCGAUUUCUUGUCAAUGUUUGAUCAACCUAAAUAACCCUCUACAGCUCCAGCUACAGGAAAUAACUAGAAUUAAAAUAAUUAAAAUUUAAAUGCAAAUAAUUAAUAACAGUAGUAACCUUAAAAGCCUGCAAGCUAAAUGGAUUUCAAUUUUGAUAUGUUUGACAAUAUCCCUUCAGUUUAGUAAAAUUAGAGUUCAUAAGGUCCUUCUGAAUAAGCAAACAACAAUAAUAAUAACUUUAAUUCAAAUAGCUUAAGUGCCAACCCUGUUAUUAAUAAUGAAAACAAUGAUUUCUUUAAUAGCAUAAAACCAGUUAACAACAAUAACAACAACAACAAUAAUAAUAACAAUAACAAUAACAAUAAUAAUACUUAUAAAGAUCCAUUUGCAAGUAAGAUAGAAUUUAAGGAUCCAUUUGCUAGUUAAAAACUAUCAAAGAAUAUAGAUAAUAUGUUUAAUGACUUUUAACCAAAACAAUAAACUUAAUAAAAUGAUUUAUUUGCAAACAUUUAGAAAAAAGAUUAAAACAAUUAAAAGCAGUAAUUGGAUGUGGAUGAUUUAUUCAGUGGUGCUAAUAAUAAUUAUAACCAGAAUUAAAAUAAUGCAAAUAAUAAAAAUACUAAUGGUAUGUUUGGUAAUAGCUAUAAUAAUUAUAACACUAAUAAUUAAGUUGGAAGUGUUUAAAAUUAAUAAUAUCAAUCAACUAAUUCAUAUACUCCUGCAUAGUCUGGAUGGGGAGCCGAUGACCCUUUCUCAGAGGUUACUGGAUAGACUACCAACACUUUUGUAAAUUAAAAUCAAAAUAAUUUAGGUAGCUAGCAAUAAUAAUAAAAUAAUUAAAAAGCAUUCGGCACUUUUGAAUUUACAGGAAAUUUAUUAGAUAUUAAUACUGCUUUUGGUUCAUUAUAGUAGUAAAAUAAUAAUUAAAAUUAAUCCAAUUAGCAAUCAAGUAGCCUUUUUAAUAACUUAAAGAAAAAUAACAACAAUAAUACAGCCUAAAAGAAUCCUUUAGAUGACUUAUUUGGGCCUUCUCCAGUAAAUAAUAAUUAAAACUAGUUCAACAAUAAUUACAAUAAUAAUAACAACAACAAUAAUUUUGAUUUGUUCUGA